AUGAUGGAAAAGGAUGGAGAUGAACGCGUCGGCGAUAAUGGAGACCGAUUCGUGCACCGGUUGAAGGAGCUAACGGACGAAGAAAAGCAGAGGCUUGAGAAUCAGAAUAUGCGUGUUAUUCCUGAAACAAAGGCCGCUAAAUUGGAAAAGGAUGCGAAACGCCACUGGGAUAUAUUUUAUAAACGAAAUGAAACAAAGUUCUUUCGGGACCGGCAUUGGACCACACAGUUUGUGAAGAAAAAUAAGUUGUAUGACGGGGACCGCAUGAAAGCGUUUUGCACUGAUUUAACCACCGAUGACCUGUUUGAUAAUGUAAAGGAAAACAGUGUCGAUAUUGCGAGCCUUAUAUUCGUUUUAUCUGCCAUCCACCCCACUAAGUGGCCACAUGUUGUCAAAGUAGCAUUUAGAGCAUUAAAACCUGGCGGCGUGGUUUUAUUUAGAGAUUAUGGCAGAUACGACAUGGCACAACUGCGGUUUAAAGCUGGCCAUAAAAUAUCUGAGAACUUCUACAUGCGGCAAGAUGGGACAAGGAGCUACUACUUUACCGAAGAAGAACUUUCAAAACUAUUUACAGAUGCGGGGUUUGAAAUUAUCAUGAAUACUUAUGUGCAACGUCGUACAGUGAACUACAAAGAGGGCAUUGAUGUACCUCGUAUCUUUGUUCAGGGAAAAUAUAGAAGACCAGUGGAUAUAGGG